AUGAAUAGAAAACAAUACAAACGAUACGGUUUUGUGGUCACAGAUUGUGAUUACGAUAAGUGCAAUAAAAGAUUUAAAAACAAUUACAACAAAUUUGUUAAUAAUAAUAAUAAUAAUAAUUCAGACAAUUAUGAGAAUAGACAGACAGUUGUUGACAAAGAAGUGUUAAAUCAAUCAAUUGAUUCACAAAUGAAUGACAAACAAGUAAUGAAUGAUAAAAGUGUCGCAAACUACCUGAAAACACGUUUAUUGGGUUACUUUGCAUUCAGUGAUAGAUAUACCAAAAAACAAAGGAAAGAGAUCCGGGAAUUCAUGAAAAGUUCACAGUUUUACCUACGAUUGGCCAAUGGUUUGCCUAACCGUACGCUUAAACAAAUUCAUGACACCGCUAGAAAUAAUUUUCAUAAAUUAAAAUACAUUAAUGACUUAUCAGAUGAUGUCGUCAACAGUAUAAAACAUUAUCAUUCAAUAUAUGGCGCAAAAUGGACUAAAAUUGCUGAAAAAUUUAUGUGUUAUCCGCUGACAUUGAAAUGGUAUUAUAGUAAUAAUUUUAAUAAAAAUGGCGAACCAUAUGAUAAGGGAAAGUGGAGUAUAGAUGAAGACAAACAACUAUUGGAUGCAAUGAGACGAGUGCUGAACACCGAUGAUCUCAAACAACAUAUUUAUACCAAACAAUUACCGUUCAGUCAAAUCAGGGAUUUGUCGGGUUUGAAUAGGAAUGAAAAUAUGAUAUCUAAACGUUGGAGAAGACACAUUAGAUGGCAAUUAGCACAAUGGGAUCAAUUAGAGGACAGUUGGUCUAAGAGAGACACCGCACGACUAAUAUAUUGUUUGUUUAAAUAUGAAUUCACAGACGAGUCAGCCAUCGAUUGGGACGAAAUUAAGGAAAAGUUUGCAAACAUUUCAUCGUUUAACGCAUUGAUGAAAAACUGGCGUUUAAUCAAACAAACGGUUCCCUCAUUUGACAGCAAAUCUUAUAAACAAAUCAUUGAUUUUCUUUAUCAUAACUUUUUGCCACAAUUUCUGAAAACUGAUGACGACUUAAAAGAGUUUGAAAUGUUUUUCGAUAACUAA